AUGGCCCCGCACAAUGAUGCUCCCUCCCCAGCUGGCAGCUACACUGCCGGCUUCAACAGGAUCCCCUUUCGUCCUGCUGCAUCGUCGUCCCUCAGGCUAGGGAGCCUCACCCCUGCCGAGUCCGAGUCAUCCCUCAGCAGUUCCUAUGACAGCACCUCUCUAGAUGCCGCCUUCCAUAUGGCCCGGCCCCUGGUACCUGGCGUCUACGUUCCCACCAUGUGUUUCUUCGAUUUAGAUACCGAGAACGUGGACACGGCGACAAUUGCUCGUCAUGCUGUACGACUAGCCCGUGCAGGCGUCACUGGCUUGGCUACACAGGGGUCCAAUGGAGAGGCAGUUCACCUUACCCAUUCUGAGAGGCAAUUGGUCACAUCCACCACACGCAAAGCGCUUAAUGAUGCUGGCUUCUCCCACAUGCCCAUUAUCGUUGGUUGCGGUUCCCAAAGUACACGAGAGACCAUCCAGCACUGCGUAGAAGCGUGGGAGGCCGGUGGGGACUACGCCCUGGUACUUCCCCCGUCGUACUACGCUUCCCUAUUCGCCCCAGCAUCGGAGACGAUCAUGGAGUACUUCAAAUUGGUUGCAGAUUCGUCCCCCAUACCAAUCAUCAUCUACAACUUCCCGGGCGCGGUUGGAGGCAUGGACCUAUCGUCUGACGUCAUCGUCAAGCUUGCAGCCCAUCGCAACAUCGUGGGCGUCAAGCUCACGUGCGGCAACACCGGCAAGCUCAACCGAGUUGCUGCUGCGACCAGAAAGAUGACCAAGAAGUUCGACCCCAGCCAACCAGAGUUUCUGGUUCUUGCCGGAUCUGCAGAUUUCUCCAUCCAAUCACUAGUUGCUGGUGGACAUGGUAUCCUCGCAGGGCUGGCGAACAUCGCUCCCAAGGCUUGCAUCAAGACUAUGGAAUUGUUCAAUAAGGGAAAACAAUCCGAGGCACAAGAGAUGCAGGAAGUCGUCGCUCAAGGUGACUGGACUGCUAUCCAAGGUGGUGUGGUCGGCGUCAAGGCGGGCUUGCAGGCUUGGAUGGGUUACGGCGGAUUCGCUCGCAGCCCGCUCCCGAAGCCAACUACCGAGCAGACUAAGCAGUGGAAAGAAGGUUUCAGAGACCUGGUGAUGCUAGAAAAGUCUCUGUGA